AUAGAUUUAGAUCAAGCGCCUUCGCGGUUGUAAACAAAAAUGUCGCUUUUGCCAUAGGAAUUAGUCUUGUAUCCAAAUUCCAAUAUGUCGAGGUACGCAAGUCCCGAUCGGGACAAGCGUGUCCUUAAUCUAGCCGGAGAAAUAGCAGAUACGAAAGAUAGGCGUGUUCCAAUUCUUUUAAUGAAUCUAAAAGGAAUUUUAAGUUCUGUUCCUGUUGGCUCAAAAGAAGCGAUAAAGUUGAGGCAUGAGAUAUGGGACUACAACCUGCUUCAUGUCCUUCUUCUUGUAUUGAAACAAGACUUCAGCAUUGUAGAUGGUGACUGGCAGACAGCAGCAGCCUUGGCUGCUAUCCUCAGCCAAGUGUGUGCUGGUAUGGUGCUCAAGGGAAAAGACAGAAACAAAUUUGAGACAGAGAGUCUUCCUGAGGCAAUCAACAACCUGUUCCUUCUAGCACGAAGAAUACAGACUAGAUACUCCAAAUUACCUAAUGUGACGGGAAUACAGAAAGAUCGGCAGCGGCUAAUGGUGUGUUACAGGGGAGUGUUGGAAUCAAUUACCUAUAUAGCAUCUGGUCACGUCUUCAUCUGUAGAAAUGUGAUCGAGUCACCUUGGUUACUGCAGCUGUUGAUAUCAGAUGAUGCUGAUACUGUAGCUGGUGUGAUGGAUCUACUUCCAAAAAUUCUUAGGGUCAAUCGGAAACUGCUGAAGGAGCUGGACACUAAGUUGGUCAAUAGUAUUAUGGAUGAAUUGGUGUACAAGUUAUCGGUCAACAACGAAGUUCAAAUUGGAGCAGCGGCAACCAAGUGUGUGUUGAGAAUAUGUGACUUUUACAAGCCUAUGGUGGAUACACUUUGUACAAGAUACAAGGGAGUUAGACCACUUCUUGGUAAGUGGGAGGGACGAGGGUUUGGCAAGGAUCUCAAAGACCUCAACAUGUUACUGCAGGCAGGCAAUGCUCAGAUGGCAGAGUUAGAGCAAUUUACUAGAGCAGCAAUUCUAAUCCAGACAAGAUGGCGUGGCUUCAUUACAAGAGUGAAGUUACAGCGAGCCGAUAAGGCAUUCACGAAAUUCCAAAGAACAUACAGGAAAAAGAAAACCGUGAUGGAGAAACGAAAGGAGCAAGCGAAGGAAGCAUUGGAGCUUCAGCGGCAGCUAAAGCUGAAUCGUCAAAGAAUCAUGAGGGACUUCAAGGAAAAACAGCUCCAAUCCAUAGAAAUACUUCCUGCUGCCAAGGUAGAGGGCUACCUACAGAAGGAAGAAACUCAGGCUGCAGUGACAAUACAGAGGUUGUGGCGUGGUCAUCAUGUACGAAAAUCCAACCAGCAGCGGACAGACAUGGGCAGACAGGUCAAAGCUGCUAUCAAGAUACAGCAGGCGGUUAAAAUAUGGCUUGAAAGAUUGGAAAAUAGAAAGAAAAAGGCUCGUGCAGAACUAAAGCCACCAGGGUUGAAUGAACUGAGAAGAGUGGAACUACAGAAGGAAAUACGUGCCUACAGGGAGGAAAAUCCUGCUCGUUACUGCCAGAAAGAUGAUUUAGAGAUGAUUCACAACAAAGCUUCCGAGAUGUUGGCUAGGUAUUAUAUGACAGCACGCCCUAACAGGGAGAAACAGACUCACAGAGAGGCUUUGAUUGGCCGAAUAGACAGAGACUCAGAACUUCUCUCGUUGGCUCCUGGCUUUGACCAGGUGAUAGACAAAGACGUGGAAAUGUUCUCAAGUCGGUCAGUCCCAGUGUCAAUGAAGGCAAAGACUGACCACAUGGCUCAGAUGGAGAUCUUACGCAAACCCUGGUACAAAAAACUAGUUGACCAGUACAUGGACAGAGAGUAUGAGGAAGAGGACCCUAUACUUUUCUAACUAGACUUCAGUAGUGCUUUACCUCAUCAGCAAGUCAGCAUCCUACAUUAUGUGUCGGGAUUUAUUCCUGAUUUCACAAGUCGUUGAGUAUUUCAAGAAACUAUGACGAAGGAAAAUAUUGCUCAUUUAGAAGAGGAGAAUCAAGUGGCGAGUUUUAUUAACAUUCAUCAUCAAAAUCUGCCUCAUUUGUCCCAUGUGUUAAUGAUACCACCACAACAGUUAUACUCACAAAGAAAAAAAAAAGAGAUUUACUUGCAGUUUGUAAGGAUUUAUCUUAGAUAUAGAAGAUGAAGCAAA